CCCACUGGGCUGCUCAAGCCCGAGGCUGCUAGGGAGAGGGUGCAGGUUUGCUGGACCCAUCUGGCGGAGCCGAGUAAGGGAAAUGGUCCCCUCCCCGCCGCUCGCCGGUUGAGGAGGAGCCGCCCUGGCCAGGGGGCAGGCCAGCCGCGGCGCGGGGCGCGGGCCAGAAGGGGCGUAUCGUUUUCCCCUGCUGCUGCUGAAUGUCGACUCCGGAGGAUGAGGAGAGGCUCUCGCCGCUCGCCCAGAGAUGGCCCCGCGCGAGCAAGUUCCUCCUGUCGGGCUGCGCGGCCACCGUGGCCGAGCUAGCAACCUUUCCCCUCGAUCUCACAAAAACUCGACUCCAAAUACAAGGAGAAGCUGCCCUUGUUCGGUUGGGAGACGGUGCAAGAGAGUCUGCUCCCUAUAGAGGCAUGGUGCGCACGGCCCUGGGGAUAGUCCAAGAGGAAGGCUUUCUAAAGCUCUGGCAAGGAGUGACACCUGCCAUUUACAGACACAUAGUGUACUCUGGAGGUCGAAUGGUCACUUACGAACAUCUCCGUGAAGUUGUGUUUGGCAAAAGUGAAGAUAAGCAUUAUCCCCUUUGGAAAUCAGUGAUUGGAGGGAUGAUGGCUGGUGUUGUUGGCCAAUUUUUAGCCAACCCAACUGACCUAGUGAAGGUUCAGAUGCAAAUGGAAGGAAAAAGGAAACUUGAAGGAAAACCAUUGCGAUUUCGUGGUGUGCAUCAUGCAUUUGCAAAAAUCUUAGCUGAAGGAGGAGUACGUGGGCUUUGGGCAGGCUGGGUACCCAAUAUACAAAGAGCAGCGCUGGUGAAUAUGGGAGAUUUAACCACUUACGAUACAGUGAAACACUACUUGGUUUUGAAUACACCACUGGAGGACAAUAUCAUGACUCAUGGCUUAUCAAGUUUAUGUUCUGGACUGGUAGCUUCUAUUCUGGGAACACCCGCUGAUGUCAUCAAAAGCCGAAUAAUGAAUCAACCGCGAGAUAAACAAGGAAGGGGCCUUCUGUAUAAAUCAUCAACUGACUGUUUGAUUCAGGCUGUUCAAGGAGAAGGAUUCAUGAGUCUCUACAAAGGCUUUUUACCCUCUUGGCUGCGAAUGAGGAGCGUACAAUGUGAUGGGAGAAGAUAGACACACCCCUUGGUCACUGGUGUUCUGGCUUACUUAUGAAAAAAUCAGAGAGAUGAGUGGAGUCAGUCCAUUUUAAGCCCUUAAAGAUGCAGCCCUUAAAGAUACAGUGUUCAUUAUCAUUGAAAUGCGGGCAUCUGCAACAUACACCCCCCAUUAUUUCUACCUCUUUAGGAAGACACCUUACUCCACAGAGACUGUGAUUUAUAGGGGGCAGCACUUUAUUUUUAUCUGGAAACCCAAGUUCUCUUUGACUCCUCUUUUUGUUCGAAAGCAAUCUGAUUGGAUCAUGCAAGGCCACCCAAUGAGACCCAUCCCAGUGUUUUCUAAGGAAGAGUCAAAUCCUGACCACUUUCUUUGAGCAAGAAGAUUCGACCUUCGAGAUGCUAUUCUAUGCUGAAGAGCUUGCUUAGAGGAGGAAAUGCCAGAAGGGAGACAGCAUCUUAGACCUGAAGCAGACAAUAGGAAUGUGGAAAAAUACAUACGUACAUAAUGACCACGGAACAUAUUUAACCUGUCGUGUUAGUAUUUACGACUGAAAUUUGAUAAUUCACUUUUCUGUUGCCGUUAAAGUGUGCAUACUUUAAAUUAAAGGGAGGUGAAUGAAUAAACAUUUUGAGAUUUCCCUAGUGUUGAAGGAAGUUGAUGUACCUUUUCUUGCCAGGAGGAUGAAAAAAAAUCAAGUUGAGAUGAUGUUUGGAUCUCAAGGGAAGAAGCCGUUUUCCGUCAGUGCCCUGUCGUUAGCUGAUCUGUGUUCACUGGUUAGCUCUCCAGCACACAGGCCAAGGAUCUCCUGACAGCCACCGACCGCAUCUUGAUGAAAACAGAAAAGAGAGUUUGCUUUGUGACAUAUCCCAUUCCAACCUGAAUUUGUCACUAGCUCUCAAGAAUCUCAAUAUAUGAAAAAUGCAGUUUAUUUGAUUAAAGCUCGGGUGGACAGGUCCUUUUAAUAAAGAAACAUCUGUUACAAUCAGCCUCUCAGAGGCACGUUAAAAGCAAA